GCGCUACAUGUCUCAGCGAGAAGCUAGCAGACGACAUAUUUCCGUAACCGGCGAACCGGCACUCCCACACGGAAAACCUUGGUGGCAUGCCCACACCCAUUUUUUUGACUCACGGAGACGUCGUUGAUAAAGGUGUUGUAGCUACAACGUAACACGUUCAUUUCAACUCCAUUCGCGUGGACACGGUUCAGAAGACUGUUCCUUCUGCUUGGUGCGAUCGUUUCUUGGCACCAUGGACGAGACCGUGAGACACAUCGUCCAGCAGGCGUCGGUGACUGCGGGUCUUCACUACAGAAAUCCGUCGGUUCCCUAUGCCUGUCCUCUACCCGGCAGCCUUACCGUUGGGUCCCAGAUCCUCAUACAGGGACUGGUACCUGCGGUAUCCCUACGGUUUUCCGUUAAUCUUCAGAGAGGAGCUGGGGAGGGUGGCGACAUCUUCCUCCAUCUUAACCCGCGCUUUGAACCGUCGGGACCGGUUGUUGUCCGCAACAGCCUACAGGGCAAAUCGUGGGGUCGUGAGGAAUGUGAGGGCCCGUCCCCUUUUGCCCAAGGACGACCCUUUCUACUCGUCAUCACUGCCCUCCCACAGGGCUAUGAACUGGCGGUUAAUGGGCUUCCUUUCACAACGUUCGCUUAUCGAGAAGGACUGGCGCUUGCCGAUAUCACUCACCUCGCAGUACACGGGGACGUCCUCCUCCGUUCUCUGCACAUACUUGUUCCGGAGAUGCCAAAGUGCCUACGCGUCGCUCUACCAGACAAGGCUAAGGUUGGAGACGUUUUCGCACUUAGAGGGGAAAUAUCGCCGUGGCCCGAGAAACUUGUACUGAACUUGACGUCGGGGAUGGGCAAGGACGACGACGUGGCGCUGCACGUGAACCCGCGGUUCGCGGAGUCGGCCAUCGUGCGCAACAGCCUGAAGGGAGGCUCGUGGGGCGAGGAAGAGCGGGACGGCGAGAUGCCGCUGGCCAUCGGGCAGCCCUUCCGGCUGUCCGUGGCCGUGCUCGAGGACUGCUUCCGCCUCACGAUCAACGACGCCCACUUCGCCGACUACGCGCACCGCCUGAGCGUCGGCAGCGUCCGCAACCUCGUGGUCGAAGGGGACGCGGUCAUCCACGACGUGGUCGUCGAGUCGCAGGAAAACGAGUUGGAACUUGGACAGGCUGAUAACUGGGAGCUGUAUCAACCACCCGAAAUGCCGCGAGAAGAAGCGCUGCAAGAGGAUCAGCAAGUUACGGAACUUCUCGCUGAAUCUCAGAUCCACUUUGAACCCAAAUUGGAGGUUAUUCAACCGCCCAAGCCGGUCUGCCAAAGGAUCCCAGAAGUGAUGACUCCUGGUAGAGUGGUUAUCGUGUCUGGAGAAGUGGAGCCCACGGCACAAAGGUUCUACGUCAACCUCCAGACGGAUGUGGGCGACACAGCGGACGUGGGACUGCACAUCAACCCCCGCUUCGACACCAACCCGAGAGGGGUGGUCCUCAACAGCCGCGACCGGGACCAGUGGCAGUCCGAGGUCCAGGUCACCGAAAAGUUUCCGUUCGCCCCGGGGUCGCCCUUCGAGCUCCAGAUUCACUGCCAGGAAGACAAGUUCCGCCUGAUCGUGAACGGCUGCUUCCUGGCCAACUUCCCGCAUCGCAUCGACCUCAGCAGGAUCGACUACAUAUGCGUCGACGGCAGCCUCGUGGUGGACCGCGUCGUCUUUGCCUGAGGUUGUUUCGUCGAAUCGGCCACCGCUUUCUCGAACGUGCAUCGUCUUGUGGCGACUCCGGUUCUGCUGAAGCUGACGAGCGCUGCUUUGCUGUCGCUCAACUGAACCGUAGCACAUAAAAACAAUUUAAGAUACAUGUGUUUUUUUUUUGUUAAUGUGUAAAAAGAAAAGAGGGGGUAGCAUAUUCACCAGAACUGCAGAGUAUCCAACUUCUGCUAUGUUUAGACGUGACGUAUUAAAGGUAGCAGCGCUCGCAGCUUCGUCGCAACCUCGAUACGAUGGCCGAUGCGCUUUCUAGAUGCAGUUGCGCAGAUGAAGCUACAACUGUUGCUAUAAACGCUGUUUGACGCUUGUGUUGAGAUUACGUCCGACCUUUUCUACAGUGGCGCCGUCACAAACUCUGUGAUAAUUGCAACAAGAUUAUUUUUACUACACGGACUUCAAAAAUAAACUGAAACUAUCUAAAGAACGAAGGGCCGACCAUGUGCUUUCCCUUCAUGGUUUCAACAAUAUGCCCAACUUGCAAACAAAUUGUUUUCAAUACUUCGCCACAUAUAAAAAAUGAAAAAAAAGACAAAUGAAUCACUGGUUGUUGCCAGAUUAUCGAGAAGUACAAAAUCGCAUUUAGCUAUCGAGAAAAAGGAUUUACGCACACUUAGCGAAACUAUUUAUGCAUAUCGCAACGUAUAUGUGAGCUUCCUAGUGGUACACAAAGAAUAGCCGUGCUUCACAGUACAAACGAGGAAGAUUGUUAACUUUUUUGACGUUGGUCACUGUUGUGUUGUAGUUUUAGGCUGCCACUAUUUUUUUAAAGCAUAUUUUCUUGUUCUGUGUCUACGCUACGAACGAACGCUUAUUACUUAUGUACGCGUAAUUGGAUAGGCAUUCUAGGAACAAAGUGCACACCACGGGAAUUAAUCACUUUAGAUAUUAUGCAAAGAGUAUUUCGCUCUCGUUCGAUGUGUAUAAAAUGUCUAACGAAAGAGCAAUGCGUGUCCCGUUUGUGAAGGUUUAAUCUGUUUUCUUGUCCUCAAGGACGAACCCCAACUAUGCAAGUUAAACGUGUCCGAUUAAACUUUUUCACAUAAAGCCAACAGCAAGCGGCGAAAGCUCGAACUGCAAUUUGCAUUGGAAAAAAAAAAAAAAGAAGAGCGUUGCGUUACAUAUUCUAUUUAUUCCGUCACUAACCUGAGUCAUGGAGGAUGCACCAGAGGUAGCGCAAUAUCCCUUCGGGACGCCAACCGUAUAGUUCCUGCUCUCGCCGCUGCGUGAGGUGGGAGUGCGCACUCACAGAUCGCUUCUUGAGAAACGUCGCCGAAUCUCCGCCAUGUUGGGCUCCUUGCCGCUUCCCCGUCGAGUCUUCCAUGUAUAAAAUAAAUAAAUAAAAAAGAAAAGACUAA